UAAGGGGCGAGUGUGAUGCGGUAUCCAGGGGACGGGGCGACUUGUCCUUCUGGUACAGGUGCGGCCUGUCUCACCUGUUGGAGCCGCCCAACGCCGUCAGAAAGUUUGUUAACCGAGGGGAGACGAACUGAGGAACCCGGGGUAGGAGCUAACAAGAGCUCAGGCUUCAGAUGGCGUUCGGAGCGAAGAGUUGGGCUUCGGGGGCACGUUACCAGCGGGUCCGGGCCAAGGACUGGAGUGAGGAGGACGACGAGGAGGAGAAGGAAGUGUCCAUUUAUCUGCACUCGCCGUCAGCUCGUGCCUUGCUUCUCAUCAGAAGCAGAACUCCUGCCUUCGCAUCUCUGCGUCCAUGAUACUUCUCGGCCUUGGCCUGUACUUUGGGUUCCAUGCCUUGUGGUUCAGCAGCCCGGAGUCUCCUGGUGCCAGUGCUGGAGAGGCUCACCAUGGAGAAGGACACCAUCACCACAGCGACACUCACCACCACGAACACGGAGUUUACCAUCACGCAGCAGUGAUUACCGAUUCAGAGAUCUGCUCGACCUUUGCGAAGGAAAUCCUGGUCGAAGGUGGCAACGCAGUGGAUGCUGGAGUUGCAGCGAUGUUCUGUUUGGGCGUGGUUCAUCCACACAGCUCUGGAAUAGGUGGAGUCCUCUCUGCUGUCUUCUACAAUGGGAGCUCGGGAACAACCAAGGCUCUAAACGCCCUUCCAACGGAGUCCCUGAACCCAAGCAUUGGUGCCCCGAUGAUGUUGCAGGGGCUCCGGUUGAUCCACCAGAAGUACGGCAAACUGGGCUGGGCCAAACUCCUGCGCCGGCCGGUGAAGCUGGCAAGGGAAGGCUUCCCUAUUGACGAGCUGCUGGCAGGAGCCAUGAGAGAGGUGGCAGUCCUGGGCACUGACCUGUGCCCGCCCCUCUGCGAGCGGGGGCAAGCACCGAAAGGAGUGGGGGCCCUUGCAAUCAACAGGAAACUGGCUGAUGUUCUGGAGGAGCUGGUGCAGGAGAUGGAGGGAGCCUGGUUCCCGGAACCUCUGGCCCGGCAUGUGGCCCGCGACCUGAGGCAGGACCCACAGGCAUUGGCGGUGACCCUCAAGCGACAGGAGGCCGACCUGGCCGAGCCUUUGGCAGCUGAGUUCGAUGGCUUUGCGCUGACCGUCCCGCCGCCACCUGCCGCAGGGGAUGUCCUGAUACAACUCACGACACGUCUCAGCCAGCUCAGCCUCUCCUGGGCCAAUGUCUCCAAUGCCGCCAACGCAUCCAGCACCUACCAGGCUAUCCUGAACGUAGCCCAGCAAGUCUACCAGAGCCUCCUGGGUCUCCCAAGGCUUGUUCCCGGGAAUCCUCGGAAUCCGGGAAAGGGCAAACAUUCACCGAAGGCGGCUCCCAGUGGCAGUCACGUCACAGUGGUGGACACCUCCGGCAAUAUUUUGGCAAUGCUCGGAUCCCUCAACAGCACCUUUGGGUCCAGGACCUUGUCCCCCUCCACUGGAAUCUUCCUGAGCGAUUUUAUCGGGAGCAGGGCCUCUGGUGUUCUUUACUGGGCUUGCCCGGGGCUGCUGAGCGCCAAAGCAGGAGAUGACCUCAUGGUCAUCCUGAGUGCUGGGGGAGCCACUGCCCCCUUCGCUUCUGCUCAGGCAAUCGUGAACAUGGUUUAUCUCGAGAAGUCGGCCAAGGAAGCUGUGGCUGGUCCCCGCUUCUACCUGAGUGUGGGAGAGCAGGGAGCCCUGCGCAAAUGCGUCUCAGGGCUGCGGAGCGAUUCGCAGAUAUUCGCCCGGCUAUCCCAGGUGGAUCCGGAUCUGGAGCUGGUCAAUGGGACCGCCGCUCCUGUGACCGUCACGGUGGUCGAGUCCCACCUGGGCCACAAAAGAGCUUUCGGACAACCGCAGACUCGUGCCUUUGCCGAUGGUUAUUGAUACUGCAGAACAGUAGGCUGUUCCUCCACGUCGCCCACCACCAACCAGCUGCCAUCCUCCUCCCUGCGACCGCAGAGGCUUCUUCAACGAUCUGGGGAGGUUUUGCCUCAUUUGCUCUACUUGAAGUAUGUUCCCUGAUACCAACUGAGCCGUAACUGCCUUCUCUGUGGCAAGUCGUGGGUUCAUGUUCUUUCCUCCAGAGACAUCCAGGCUGAUGCUCCAGUGCAGUAGGGACAGGGUGCUGCACUGCCAGAGGUGUCACCUUUCAAGAAAAAGGCAAUAAAUUGUGACACCCGCCUGCUUGUUCUACUGUGUGUAAAACAUCUGUGGUGUUCAACUGAAGGUAGGGCAGUUUUCCAGGUAUCUGCCCAACAUUUAUCAUAAUGCCAGCACUGAUACAGACAUAGAGUCAUAGAGCAAUACAGCACGGAUACAGGCCCUUCGGCCCAUCUAGUCCAUGCCAACCACAGUGCCCACCCAGCUAGUCCCAAUUCCCUGCGUUUGGCCCAUAUCCCUCUAAGCCCCUCCCCUCCAUGUACCUGUCCAAGUGCUUCUUAACUGAUACCAUUGUACCUGCCUCACCCACUUCCUCUGGCAGCUCGUUCCAUAUACUCACCACCCUCUGCAUGAAAAAAUUGCCCUUCUUUCCUCUCUCACCCUAAACCUAUGCCCCCUAGUUUUGGUCUCCCCUACCCUGGGGAAAAGACUGUUACCGUCCACCUUAUCUAUGCCCCUCAUAAUUUUAAGCAUUUCUAUAAGGUUGCCCCUCAUUCUCCUAAGUUCUAAGGAAUUCCAAGGAAUGAAGACAUAACCUACCCAACCUCUCCCUGUAACUCAGACCCUUUUUUCUGCACUCUUUCCAAUUUAACUUAUACCAGGGUGACCAUAACUGUACGCAGUACUUCAAUAGCAGCCUCACCAAAGACUUGUACAAUUGCAACAUAACUUCCCAAUUCCUAUUCUCAAUGCCGUGACUGAUGAAGGUCAGCAUGCUAAACACCUUUCUCACCACCCUGUCUACCUGUGAUGCCGUUUUCAAUGAACUAUGCACUCCUAUGAUGUAUAUAGGUGGUACAUCACCUAUGAUAUAUCUGGUUGUUAUCCCAUUUUGUUCAGCAGAUUAUUUGUGUACUGAUUACCUACCACAUUCCAAUGGCAACAAAAGCACUGAGGUGACUUUAAAAUGCCUUGGGAUACCCCAAGGUUGUGAAAGGUCCUGUAUAAACCUAAGGUGGUCCUUUAAUUUAUGCAUCAUUCAUGCUUUGUAGAUGGGCCUCGGUUAAAACCCUACCAUCACAGGCAAUUACAUCAAUAAUCCCUGCUGACUCUUGAUGUUGGAAUCCAGAGCAACAAGCCAUCUGCUGGAGGAACUCAGCGGGUCGAGCAGCAUCUGUGGGGGGGAAAGGAAUUGUCGAAUUUUGGGUCGAAACCCUGCUUCAGAGUCAUAAUUUUGUGGUUAGUUUGUGGUAAUCCUGAACUUCCCUUUCAACCUCUGUGUCCUCAGCGUCAACAAAUCUAUCCAUCUGGAUUCUUGAACAUGCUGCCUGGUUGAGCCUCCAUUGGGCAUUCCAGAGAGGAGGACUCCAAAAUCCACAACGCGCUGAAGGCAUUCUCAUCACUUCUAGCUCUGGUAGCCUCUUGUGUUCCUGCUUAUCUCCCUCCAGCAGUUUUCUCCAACCUUCACCCUCCCCUUCCCUCACCUCACUCCAUCUGCCUCUCAUUUAUUUUCACUUUGUCUACCUCCAUCUAUCGUCUAUCUGCCACUGCCUCCCAACUCCGCUCCCACCCCUCCUCUACCUGGCACUACCUGCCUGUCAUCUUACACCCCUCCUCAGUCCACCAGUCACCUCCUAUCUCACCGCUCCCCCUCUCCUCUUUAUACCAGCCAUCUCCCCUCUCCUCUCAGUCCUGAUGCAGGGUUUCGACCUAAAAUGUCAACAUUUCCUUCCCCCUCCCUCAGAUGCUGCUCGACCCGCUGAGUUCCUCGAGCAGAUUGUUUAUUGCUCAAUAAUCCCUGCUGACUCAUUUAAUAAGGGAAAACACAAAUGUUGAAAAUACAAAAUAAUAUUAGAAAAUGCUAAUUAAGAGCAGUGCAAUUCCAUCAUUAAUUCCAUCUGUAGGACAUUAACUUGUGCUUAUAUAACGAUAACUAUCCUCUUGUCUCUGAAUAUGUUUGUAUUUCCGCAGUGGGUUUCAGAGAUUUGACAUUAAAGUGGGAGUCCCACCUUGUGCCAAUGUAUCUUUCUGACUCCAGCCGGGAAGAUCAGAUUACAUGGGCUCAGCUCGCCUUUUAAAUGUGUUCUUCGUCUAUUUUCCCUGGAGGCGAUGGAGAGGGGAAUUGAAUUGCAUCGAUCAGGACUGCUUUCAAAUGAAUCUUCUCUGGAGGAUUGCAGGGCUGGGUUUGCAUUAAAAUUCAAACAGAAGAAUUUUGAUCCAAGUUUUGGUAACCACUCCUGCCUUUCCCCCCUUUUUUCC